GCCAACCCAUCACUGGAGGCACGCCAAUCGCAUUAUAGUAGAGUUGAUUAAAGAACAUUAAAGUAGAAUGAACCAGAGAUAAAUGCAAUUACGUAGUAGAUUGCGUUGUGUGUCUUAAGGUCGCGUAACACCGGGCAAAUUUCUCCCAACAUGAAGGCCGUUUUCGUUGGUAAUAUCGUAAACCCAACAAGAUUGUCAUCAUACAGGGACUACAUCGUUGUGGGGGUUGACGCCUCCCCGUUCAAGCAACAACAAACCCCACAGUCAUCUUCUCUUCAGCCAUUUCACCAUGAAUCGCAAGAAUAUAGAAGUACUGGUAGAUUGUGUUGCUGCGUUGUACAUAAUGAGGCUUCAGUGAUGGCCAUCUCAAGUGGCAGCGUGCUGAAGAGACCCAAGGUGGUGGAGGAGUCUCACACCUCAGACUCAGAUGGUGACCAGUCUGAGGAGAAGGAGGAACAGGAGUUGGAGUCUGGGGAUGUGGAAAUUAAGGAGGAGGUGGAGGAUGAUUAUUUAAAUGAGUCCAACUAUGAAGGGGAAAGUUUCACUGCAUUUUCUACUGAUGAUAACUUCACUGAAGUUAAGGAAGAAGAGGAGAAUGAGGAAAAUGAGGCUGAAAGCAGUAUAAAUGCAACCAAGUCACUGGAACAUAAAACAAAAAGGACUAAAAAAGUUAAAAUUAAAGAAGCAGAACCUGAUAGUGAUGAUUCUGAUGAUAUGGAUGAUGAUUUUGAGGACGGUGAAAGUGAGGAAGAUAAUUUUGGGGAUGAUGAGAGUGAGAAGGAAGGGGAAGAUGGUGAAGAUAGUAAAAAGAGUGGCUCAGGUUUGGCAGACAUGAUGGCCAAGAUCCUGGGAACAAAGAAAUCAGGGGAAGUCAUAUUGUCAAAGGCAAAGACAGACAUGGAGGUGAAGAAGAGCAUGAAGGCGAAGCAGGAAGACACGUUUGAGAUUGUGGACAACAGUGGCCAAAUUAAAACUGAACCAAUGGUGGAUAAGAUUAAAGAGGAAGAGGAGGAAGAUAAGAAGCCACCAGUUUCCCAGCAUGAAAGAGAUUUAUAUCGAAAGCUAUGGGAGGAGAAGUUCCAUAAGAAGCCAAGCAUCACGGAGGACAGGGAGAAGGAGCGAAAGCUGCGUGUGCUGGCAACACAGGGUGUGGUGCAGCUGUUCAGUGCCAUUGAGAAACACAGGACCAUGAUGCAGGUGAAGCUGUCACAGUGCCGCAGCAUCAUGGGGCGGGAGAAGGUACUGGAGAGCACAGGGAAGGAGGCCUUUCUGGACAUCCUCAAGCAGCAGGGGAAGAGAGUGAAGGAGACAGAACCAGAGGGGAAGGUGAAAGAGGAGGAUGGCAUUGUGAAGGAGGAAGUAAAAGACGAGCUGUUGGAUCUCCAGCCUCCCAUGAAGAAAAAGCCAAAAUGGAGUGUGCUCUCUGACAACUUCUACAAGGAACCAACACUGCACGGCUGGGACCAAGAGAGCAAUGAUGGAGAUGACUAACACACACACACACACACACACACACACACACACACACACACACACACACACACGGAAGCUACAGACAAUGGAAUAAAGAUAUGUAUUUUUAAAUAAAUGCUUAAAAUUGUU